UGCUGAUGAGCACCAUUUUGUUUAUUCGCAUUAAUUGACUUUUUUAGUUACCUUUGUCAAUUUUUAUUCGAAAACCUGCACUAGAAAAUCCAACGCAAAAUCUCUUUGUGUAUAUUUACAUGUUAUACUUUCUUCUUUUAAACACCAUGAUUAGUCUAUUUUUCCAGAAUGUAAACAUGGAAAAAUCAUCUGAACCUCCACUAGAAAUAGCUUACAAGAGUCUCCUCAAGCUCACGAAAACCGAUCAAAAACAAGAUUAUUCGGUCAAAAAGCUCCCAAUUGUCGAGGAAUAUUCUGCAGUGCCGUUGAUCGACCUUCGCCAGCUGGACCUUGGAGAUUCCGAGAAAAAAUCGUGCGCGAAUCUAAUUUCCAAAGCUUCUCGAGAAUGGGGAUUUUUCCAAGUAGUGAACCACGGAAUUCCGCACGAUUUACUAGAGAUGAUGAGAUUGGAACAAGUGAAGCUAUUUAAGAAGCCGUUUGAGAAGAAGAAAUCGUGCAAGGAUUUGAAUUUUUCGGCCGGGAGUUAUAGGUGGGGUUCGCCGAGUGCUACAAUGGUCGAGCAGCUUUCGUGGUCCGAAGCUUUUCAUGUGCCGUUGAGCGAUGUGUUGGAUUCCGGUCGACACGAUAGUCUGAGCUCGACGAUGGAGAAAUUUGCCUCCGCUGUGUUCGAAUUAGCACAAACAUUGGCGGACAUAUUAGCAGAGGAAAUCGGUCGUAAGACGAGAUUUUUCAAAGAAACGUGUGUAUCUAGCUCGUGCUAUCUUCGAUUGAACAGAUAUCUGCCAUGUCCAAUACACCCUCACAUGUUCGGGAUAAUGCCUCAUACCGACAGCUCUUUUCUCACGGUAUUACACCAGGACAAAAUUGGUGGACUUCAAUUAGUGCAAGAUGGGAAGUGGAUUGCGGUUAAACCCAAUUCCGAGGCCUUGGUUAUAAAUAUCGGAGAUUUGUUUCAGGCAUGGAGCAAUGGCUUUUACAAGAGUGUGGAGCAUAGGGUAGUGGUGAACCCAGUGAACGAGAGAUUUUCGACUGCUUACUUCUUUUGCCCGUCUCACGACACUAUCAUACAAAGUGAAGUCGAGCCGAGUAUAUAUCGAGGUUUUACCUUUGGGGAGUUCAUGAAACAGGUGCAAAAGGAUGUCCAGAUUCAUGGUCACAAAGUAGGGCUUUCAAGGUUCCUUGUAUCGACUAAUCAGUAAACUCAUUCUUCAGGGCUUUAAACUAGGGAACGAGAUUUUAUGUUUCACUUUUAUGUUCCAUUUCGUGUUUUAUACCGUUGGAUUAAUGACACGUGUAAAUGAUGACGUCAUAUUUGUACACGUGUCAUUUUAUCCAACAGAGUAGAACACGAAAUCUCCCAAUAUAUUAAUUCAAAACGUGCUGAGUUUAAGUGGCAGACUCGCAUGAUUCGAGAUCCUAUGUGGCAAACUUACAUGCUUCGUUAUUAGGCUUGGGUAGAUUUUAAUUUACUUCCAAUCAAAAAAUAAUUAGGUCUAGAUUAUCCAUAAAUAUAUUGAUUAUUUAUGGUCAUG